UCUUCUCUCAGACUUGGUCUCUCUUUGCCACAUUUCCCCCAUGAAAAUCGUUCUAGUAAAAGGCGCGAGCCUUCCCAACCCAUACCACGUCCGGACAAAUUCCUCCCACCCCUAAUUUAUAUUGGCCUUCCUCAGUGAGAUGGAAAGGAAGCUUGAAGGAGCUUCUCUAUUCUAACUAGCUCCGGCUUCAGGGUCAAAGUCCAGCCAGGGUGGAUUUGAAUUGGAGUCCUAAGGUGUCCUUGCGGCAGUUACCUCCUCAGAAAUAUAAUGCCCUCCGCCUAUAGGUUGCCAGGGUUACAAAAAACGUUAUGCUUUUCUUCCAAAUCUGCCAGUUGUAGCUCUGUAUCUAAAAGUUUCUCUGUAGUCUAGAAAGAGGAAAAGGAUCGGAAUUGAUACAAAGGGACCCAUUUGGUUCCAUCAUGAUAAAGUUUUGGGGGUACAUAAAAAAGAAAGCGCAGUUGUCCUCUUCCCCUUUUUUCGACCCAAGUGAGGGGAGUAACAGCACCAAGGGUACAGGGAGUAGCAGCAACGUCCUUACUCCCCAAAACGCCCCAGGGUAUUGCAUCCGGUAUAAGGACCUGGGCAAACUUCACAAAGCUGCCUUCCUUGGGGAUCUGGCAAAGGUGCAGCAUCACCUGCUAUUCAAGAAGCAGGACCUGAACAAGAGGGAUAAAGAACACAGAACACCUUUGCACCUAGCUUGUGCUAAAGGAUAUCCAGAUGUUGUGUCCCUCUUAGUGGAGAGAAAAUGCAAAUUAAAUAUUUGUGACAGUGAAAAUAGAUCUCCUUUGAUUAAGGCAGUACAAUGUCAGCAGAUAGAAUGUGCAACUAUUCUUCUAGAAAAUAAAGCAGAACCCAACCUUGGGGAUAUUCAUAAAAAUACUGCCCUUCACUAUGCUGCUUGUGGACAUAACAUAUCACUUGUGAACAAAUUGAUUGAACAUAAAGCCAACAUUGAAGCACAAAAUAAGGAUGGGCACACACCACUUUUACUUGCUAUUACUGAAAAUAACCCAGAAAUGGUGGCCAUUCUGUUGAAGAGAGGAGCAGAUGUGAAUGCUUCAGAUAAAUUACAGAGAACCGCUCUUAUGCUUGCUGUUGGUGGUGAACCAAUUGGUAUAGUCAAUCUUCUCCUACAAUAUGAUGUUGAUCUCUCCUGUCAAGAUAUUUAUGGAUUGACAGCUGAAGAAUAUGCUACGUGUAGUGGUUAUUCAAUUCAUCAUGAAUUAAUUUCUCAAUAUAAAAUUCAGAAGAACCUUAAGAAAUCCAUUUUUCCUGGAAUGAGCCACUCAGAGAGGAUUUCUGCUAUUAAAUUUUCCUAAAUGGUUCUACCACAAUCAAAGAAGACUGAAUUUUCUCACCCAAGAAUUUACUAUAUCAUUGGAAUUAUGGAUCUAAUCCUUAUCUCAACACCAACAAUUUAUAAGGAUCUGAUAUAUUUAUAUGAGUAUAAGAACCAUUCCAAAACAAAAAUCAAAGGUGAGGAACAAGCACUUCUCCAAAGAAAUGAGUAUCGAUAACUACAUAAAAAAUUUAAAUUUCUAAUAUUCACAAGAAUUCAAAUAAAAAGAACUCUAAACUGCCAUUUAACACUCAUCAAAUGCAAGAUAAUCAAAUAUGACAAUUCAUUUUGGUGUGGCUCUAAUAUUGGAACAACUAUGGCUUGAUGCCACCUUUUUUUUAAAUCGAAUAAUUCAUUAAAACAUGCACAAUUGUAUAAA